AUGAACAUCUUCACGGUGGCCUCGGAGAAUGAGGUGCCCUCGAACAUCAUGAAGCUCUCCAUUGCCUCCUCGGCGGACGUGGCCGCCACGCAGCUGGCGCUGCAGAAUGCGGACAUCACCGCGACGAACAUCGACCCGGUGGUGCGCUUCUUCAUUGUGAUGAUCAAGCUGGUGAACAUGGAGAAGUGCCUGCUGGAGCAGAAGAUGUCGCAGUGGGUCAGUCCGCAGGUGUCGAUCACGCUGACGAUGUUCAUCGCCCGCUUCAUGCAGAACUACCUGGUGCCGCCGGAGUUUGACACCGAGGAGAUGUCCCUCUCCCUCAACACCUGCUUCGGCGCCGACUCUCCGCCCGCCAAGCACCUCAUCAACUUCUUCCUCGACCACCUGGUGGUGAAGUUCGCCUCGAUGACCAGCGAGGUGAAGCUCCUCGAGCUGUCUGCAGAGAGCUUCCUCUCCUUCUGCAAGUACAAGGACCGCAUUCAGGUGCUGCAGCAGAGCAGUAGUCUGGCGCUGCUGCUGGAUAAGUUCUCCCGCAAUGAGCUGCCCAAUCUGAACAGCGUCGUCCGCCGGAACAUGUACAACGUCUUUGUGGUGGUCUUCAACAGCAGCCUCGACCCGGUCAUUGACCCGCUGAUUGCCGCCUACCAGAAGUUCUACGUCGACCUGAACGCCGGCAAUAAGGAGCUGGUGCGCGAGCAGUUCCUCCAGAUUGUCGAGUGCACGCAGGGCAUCUCCUUCGGCAUGAACAACAAGACCUUCCCCGUGGUGUGGACCCGCUACCUGCAGCACAUCUACAACGACCUGCCGCGGGUGAUGAACCUGAUGCACAACUACUCGACGGUGGUGCAGGCCAUCCUCGAGCUGCUCUUCACCUUCUCCGUCUCCUUCUGCUGCUUCCUCAAGGAGGAGGAGACCAUUACCUUCUACGACACGGCGGUGAACAUUCUCAAUGAGUACGCGACGCACAACAAGGCCAAGGUGACGAUGGACGGGGCGCGCAUUGAGGAGCUCCAGGCGGAGUUCACCUGGAUCCUCAAGUUUCUCAACGAUCUCUCCACGCAGGACAUCUUCUACUUCUUCUCCAACCCCUCCGCCUCCUCCUCUCUCAGUGCCACCAUCAGCAAGGUGGUCCUCACCUCGCUGAACAUCAUCAUGCCGCUGAUGAACGACGAGCUGCUGGAGGAUGAGAAGCUCUGCUCCCUCUACUACAAGCUGCUCGAAUUCAUCGCCCAGGACUCGGAUCGCUUCCGCGGCUUUCCCUUUAAGCUCUUUGAGUCCUUUCUCAAGUGCGUCGACUACGCCUUCAAAGCGCCCAAGUAA